AUGAGUUAUAUCAAUAAAGGAUAAAAUAACAUUGGAAACAAUGUGUAAAAUAAUAAUAACAGCAAUAAAAAUGUCAAUAGCAAUAAAAAUGGCUAUGGUGAAAAUUAAUAAUAAAUAUACUAUUAAUCUCAAAUAUAAUAAUAAUCAGAAAUUAGAUAUUAUGUUUACUAAGACCUAUAAAACAUAAUAAAUUUAAUAUAUUCAAGAAAUGCUGUUCUUGAACAUUUUAAAAAUGAUCCAAAUCAUCCAAUGGUUACUUUAAUUAAUAAUAAAAUGCUUUUAUAAUUAAAUUUAUCAAAUACAAUACAAUUAGACUAGACAUAAUAAUAUUAAAGGGAUUCAAAUUUAUUUGAUUUUUUGAAAUAAGAGAGAAUGAAUGCAAAUAGAAUUCUUAAAAAUGUUAUUUUUAAUCAGAAGAAAGAUUCAAUAUAAACAGCAUUAAUAGAAUACUCUAAUGAUUAUUAGAAUGGCAAUUUUAAAUUGAAUAAAUAAUAUAAAUUAUAAGAAACAGGUUUAGUUGCUAAAUUUGAUGAAUCAGUUCUAUCUAAAAUACUUUCAUCUAUAUAAAAUGUUGAUUAUAAAAUUAAUUAAUUAAGAAAUGGUUAAAUAUAUGAUGUUCCAAAGGAAUUAGACAUUAUAAAAAAAGCAGAGUAUUUUUAUUUAUUAUUUUAGAAAUUAUCAAAUUUAAGCAAAAUAACUGUUAUAGAUAAAUUUUCACUUAAUAAACACAGGAGAAAAAAGUAUGGUAUAACCAUAAAAUUUAAAUUAAAAUUAAUAUACUAACAUUGCUAAUGGAAAAGUCUUAAAGCCUAAGCCAUGA